AUGGAUUCUAUUGACUAUAAUGAAGCGAAAUUCAAAUUUUUAGGAAUUAGAAAACACUUUUUUAGAGAUGUUACAUAUCAUGUAACAGUUUUUAAUGAAAUUGUUGUUAUGGGAAUAGUAGAGAUUGUAAAUUAUAAUUUAGACCGGUGAUUGCCAAAAUCCAAAAUACAAAAUCAAACUGAGUCUUGAUACAAAAAUAAAUUGGGAAAUUCGUAAGAGUAAGAAGGAAUUGGAAAGUUUUGAAUUUCUAUAUUAAAAUAAAAAGAAGGUGUUCCAUGCAUAAGCGAAGGAUUUGUAAAAGUACUUUAACUUCAUUAUUUUUUUAGGUUUAAAGAACUUAUAGCUGGAAAAGUAUUAUUUGAAGGAAUAGGAGACUUAUAUUAGCCUCUAUUUUAGAUUGGUAAAGGAAGUUCAGCAAAAGUAUGAAUAUUAAGAAACUAUUAAGGUGUACAGUGCAAGACAUGUUUUAGAUUAAGAAGUUUAUGCAGUAAAAGCAAUUGAAAAGUCUUAUUUGAAGAUUACAGAUAAAGGAAACGGAAUGGUAAUAAUAUCAUAUAAUUUUAGUAAGCAUUUUAAUCUGAAAUACAAAUUCUUAGAACAUUAUCGUCAUAUUAAAAUAAUUUCUUGGAUUUGAGUGAAAUUUAUGAAGGGGAUAACAAAUUUUAUGUUGUCACUUCAUAUUUGGAAGGUUUAAGUUUGAGUGGAGAAUUAGAGAAAGCUAAGGUAAUUAUACUAUAUAAUAUAUAGGCUCUUCCUUAGAAAAGACUACCAAUUUAAAGUAUAAAAAAAAUUAUGAAAAAAUUACUUGAAAAUUUGAAAAUUCUUCAUUCUCAUAAUGUAUAUAUUAAAUAUAUUAUAGAUAAUCCAUCGAGAUUUAAAACCUGAUAAUUUAAUGUUUGCAAGAAAAAACGAUCAUUCAUCCUUAGUUUUGGUUGAUUUUGGACUAGCAACUUCAGAACUUGUAGAUAAGUAUAUAGAAUAGUCUAUAAUAGAUAUUUGUUUCCAAAAUGUGGUACACCUGGUUUUGUAGCUCCUGAAGUUUUAAAUUUAAGAGGUGAUUCAAAGUAUAAUUGUAAAGUUGACAUUUUUUCUGCUGGCUGCAUAUUUUAUAAAUUAAUAACUGGACGUAGUUUAUUUUUAGGAUCAAAUUUUGAUGAUGUCUUGAGAUCAAAUAGACAUUGUCAAUUUGAUUUAGAUUUGCCUCUUGAUGGAACUUAUAUUACAGAUUAAUCAAUAGUAUGAUUAUUUUAAAAUAUAUUAGGAUUUAUUAAAAAAGUUGUUGAAUAAAAAUCCAAAGAAUAGAGUUACAGCUAUUUAAGCAUUAUAACAUCCUUUUAUAGAUUCAAAUAGUGAAUUUAGUACUUAAGCAAUAUAAAUUACUGGUUAAUAAGUCAUUAAAAAUGCUAUUUAUUAAUUAAAUAUAGCUGAACUUGAAUCUAAAUAUGAUAGCUAAAAUGAUUUUGUGGAAGAAUAAAUUUGUAAAAUUAAUGAUCUCAAGAAAUAUUCUAUUCUAACUGAAGUUUAAUACUAAAUGUCUAUGUCUGCCAAAAGAAGUAGUGGCCUUUUUUCAGGCACAUUCUAUUAAAAAUCUCCAUUAUCAGCUAUACGUACAUUAAAAUUACAUACAGAAACAUCAUAGUAACUCAAAAAUAGUAGUCAUCAUUCAUAAAAUUCAGCUUUUAAAUUUUGA